AUGAAGAGUUUUGGAAGAUUGAUUGGGCGACAUCUUCUCUGCAAAAGAUUAAGCAGAUUGGAACCCAGUGCCCCUUAUACAUGUCGUCGUCUCUUAUUCGCUUCUUCAAUAGAAUCCAAAGCUUACUCUGAUUUCAAAUCAUUGAAAUCGAAUUUGUCACGCAUCCCUUCUUCACAGCCCUCAAAAUGGGGCCCUUUCGGAGGGCAGAGGAGGACAAUGUUUAUCCAAACGCAGUCCACUCCUAAUCCUUUGUCACUCAUGUUCUAUCCUGGGAAGCCAGUUAUGGAAGUUGGGAGUGCAGACUUUCCAAAUGCUCGUUCGGCCAUGAAUUCGCCACUGGCUAAGGCUGUCUAUGGAAUUGAUGGAAUUACUCGGGUGUUUUUUGGAUCAGACUUUGUGACUGUCACAAAAUCAGAUGAUGCAUCUUGGGAUCUUCUUAAACCAGAGAUAUUUGCAGCAAUCAUGGACUUCUAUAGUUCGGGGAAGCCACUGUUUAUGGACUCAAAUGCUGCAGCUGCCAUGGACACAGCCAUACAUGAAGAUGAUUCAGAAACUGUUGCAAUGAUCAAAGAACUGUUGGAGACUCGUAUUAGACCUGCUGUGCAAGAUGAUGGUGGAGACAUCGAGUAUCGAGGAUUUGAUCUUGGGAUAGUCAAAUUAAGAAUGCAAGGAGCAUGUAGUGGCUGCCCUAGCUCAUCCGUCACACUGAAGUCUGGCAUUGAAAACAUGCUGAUGCAUUAUGUGCCAGAGGUUAAAGGUGUGGAGCAGGAACUUGACGCAGAAGAUGAAGAUGCCGCAUUAACUGGCCAGAUGGAUUAA